GCUCGGCGCCCGGUGACCGCGUCCCCCUCCCACCUCGCCUCCCACUGCCCUGGCCUGUCCCUCUUCCGUGUCUCCCCUGCCUAUCGCCCAUUUUUCGUUACUCUGCCCAGGACCCCGUCUCCUUCGGCCUCCCCUGCUCCUGCGCGCUUCCCUCUCCCAUUCCUGCGCUGCCGUUCCCGUCCUCCACCGCACCCUCCCGCCACUGCCCGCAGCCCGGCCUCCCCAGCCCCGUGCCCUUUCGCGCCUCCUGCCCGCGUCCUCCCUCCCAGCCCACAGCCCUUCUUCCUUCAGUCGCUGCCUUUGCUGCGGGGAAGGUCUGUAGCCCGGGCUGCGUUGAGGUCCUUCCCCCUUAGGGUCGGGGUGGCUUUGCGCGGUAGGGGCGGGCGGGGAGCCCUGCGCUGGGGAGGCCGCGUGGUGUAGUGUGUUCAGGCCUUUGGCCCCGCUGCUUGGCCUGCGGAGUGCAGCUGUGUAGACGCUAUUUCCUGCAGGCUCCCAUCGCAGACAGGCCUGUGUGUCCACGUCCAAGUCGGCCUCUGGCCCCCUUUUGCCCUGGGAUGGAUUAGACCAUCUGCCAGAGGUUGCCAACCCCCGCUAUGCGAUGAGGGAUCUGUGGGGUGUGUUUUCCUGCCUGGUUCCUGAGAGGUAGGUCUAUAUUUUAGCAUGUAACCAGUUUUCCCUACUGACCAUGUGGCUUUGAUUUUCCUAUUUUGGUUUUGCUGGACUCAGAAGUUAUCAGCUAAUGCCUGCUGCUUAACAAGAAGGGGCUUACAUGGAUGCCACGGUGUGGUUGGAGAUAGAAUCCACUUGUGGUGGCCUUGAUAGUUCCCCUGCGCAUGUCUCAAAGGCCUGGGCCCCUCUGCUGGGGCAACGUGGAGGGAGUUGGAACCUCUGACCAAGUCUCUUUGGUUAGCUAGUCUGCAAGUGUCUGCAGAACGAGGGCUUAUGCUAGAAAUGACCGUCAAUUGCUGCAUGUGAGGCUGGUUGAUCUUGCAGUUGCUGACGAGCGGAACCUGAGGCAGCAGGACAGCCCGGCAUUGGCCCAGGACAUCAGCCAGAGCCAUCACAACGUUGACAUCAAACGGGGCAGGAGAGAGAACAUUAAGGCAGCCAUGAGCUCCAGCCGCCCUGAGCCAGGUGCCCGGGCACCCCUGAGCCCCCACCUGCAGCCCCUGUCCCGGAGCUCUUCCAGCCUGCUAGGUGAAGGCCGAGGGCAGAGGCCUGAGCUACGCAAGAGUGCCAGCAGCACCGUGUGGCAGGCCCAACCGGGCGAGGCCAGCACUAGUCCCCAGGCCCCAGAGGAAGAGGGGUACCCAGCUGAGAGCAUGGAGCCAGCACAGGCCUCCAGCCCCCGACCACAGCCUGGUGCUGGGGGCCACUGGCGGAGCAGCACUGUGGGCAAUGUGUCCACCAUGGGCAGUGGUGACCUGUGUCACUUGCGGGCCACUGGUGGCACUGCCGUGCAGAGAAGCCACUCGGACCUGGUCCAUAGCAUCCAGAUGCGGGGUCAUGGCAGUGCUCGGAAGGCCAGCCUCAGCUGCAUGGCCCUUGGCAGCUCCCCUGUCCACAGGGCUCAGCUGCAGCCUGGCGAUUCUUCUGACCAGGGUGGCCAGUUCCCUGUAGACCUGGAAAGGGACCCAGCUCCAGAGGAUGGGACUUCUAACUCAGCCUGGAUGCUGGGGGAGAGUCAGGUGGGGGUGCUGUCACCAGACCUGGGGGGCACAACUACCUGCAGCAGCAGUCUCCAGCCUGAGCCCAAAGCCACUGGGCAGUCAGCUACCACCUCCUGCCGUGCUCUGCCCCCAGCAGCUCUAUUCUGCAGCAUGAGUAAGGAGGGGGCUGGCAGCUGCUGUCAUGCCCUGCCUGCCACAGGGAUCCUGGCCUUUCCCAAACUAGUGGCAUCAGUAAGCGAGUCUGGGCUACAGGCUCAGCAUGGGGUGAAGUUUCACUGUAAGUUGCCCGGGGGGGUCCCUGGGCACUCCUACUGCUGUGCCCACCGUUGGGAUCCCACUGGGUUGGCCACAGAGCCUGGCUCUAGGACCAAAGAUGUGUGGACCAUGACCUCAGCCAGUGACUUGGCCCCUGCAGUGGCAUCUCCUCCGUCAGCCCAGGAUGCUGGUGUGCAGGCAGCCCCAGUGGCAUCCUGCAAGGAUGUGGCCACCAGCCCAUCUAUGGAAGCACCUGUGGCUCUGCACAUGUUCCCAGAGGUAACUCUGGGGUCCAGCUUGGAGGAGGCGCCAUCCCCUGUGCGGGAUGUGCGAUGGGACGCGGAAGGCAUGACGUGGGAGGUGUAUGGAGCUUCGGUGGACCCUGAGGUGCUCGGCGUGGCCAUCCAGAAGCACCUGGAGAUGCAGUUUGAACAGCUGCAGCGGGCGCCCACCAGCGAGGACAGCCUGUCUGCAGAGGGUCGGAGGGGGCCGCUGCGGGCUGUCAUGCAGUCCCUGCGGCGUCCCAGCUGCUGUGGCUGCUCCAGCACAGCCCCCGAGUGAGGAGCUGCAGCCCUUGGAGCUGACCUGGACCUAUGGACUUGGCUCUAGACCAGGGCCAGGGACAGUGGGGACCCCGUGCUCCCUGGACCCACUGGCAGCUGGCCACAACUGUUAUCUGCAUGCCAGCUGCAUACGGGCCACGGGACUGCAGCCUGGGGCUUUCUGCCCCAUGUAGCUGGGCUGGUUUUUAAGGGCUUGUUUCCCAAAGGCCACAUUUCUGCACAUUCCGGGCUUUGAAUGUUGAGACAGGAUUUCAGCACUGUGCACAAGGGAGAUCCUGAGUUUUCUGUAAAAAACUUGACCUUCUAUUCAAACUGCCCUCAGAACUCUGCCACAUUUUC